AUUUAGUUUACAGCGAGCUCUCGUAGAGUAACUAUCUUCUGCUGCAAGAAAUAAAAGCAAACUUUGAUCUAAGGAAAAAUGUCUGGACGUGGAAAGGGAGGCAAAGUCAAGUCGAAGGCGAAGACACGUUCUAACCGUGCUGGACUUCAGUUCCCCGUGGGACGUAUCCAUCGUCUCCUGCGAAAGGGAAACUAUGCUGAGAGAGUCGGUGCUGGAGCCCCAGUGUACUUGGCAGCUGUCAUGGAAUACUUGGCGGCUGAAGUUCUCGAGUUGGCUGGAAAUGCCGCUCGUGACAACAAGAAGACCAGGAUCAUCCCGCGUCACCUCCAGCUGGCCAUCCGCAAUGACGAAGAAUUGAACAAAUUGCUCUCUGGCGUGACAAUUGCUCAGGGUGGUGUUCUGCCCAACAUCCAGGCAGUGCUCCUCCCCAAGAAGACCGAGAAGAAAGCCUAAAUCAUCAAUUGACAAAUUCCAGAAUCUCCACACAAAAACAAAACGCCCUUUUCAGG